AUGAGUAAUUCUCUGAAAAGAAAAGCUUUAGUUGACAUUUCUUGCAAACCGUCAAAACUUAUUCGCUCGGAAUUGAAACAAGGUGAUAUACCAACUUUGACUAACAAUGAUUUAUCAUUAAUUCGUCAUAAUAUUCAUCGUGCCCGUCUAUCUGUACAUCCCUCUCUGCCGAGCUGCAUUGAAGAGUUACAUGUUGCUUUGGGGUCCAUGAAAAUUAAAACCAACAUAGGUGAACAAUUUUUGUUUGUAAACGAUAUAGUAAAUUCAAUAGUUGGGUUUUCUACGCAACAAAAUAUAAAAGUGCUAUGUGACGUAAAGAAAAUAUACGUCGAUGGGACGUUCAAGAGCUGCCCAAAGAACUUUACACAACUUUUUACCAUACAUGGCCUUAAAAAUAGUGUGUAUUUACCUCUUGUGUUUUUUUUACUACCCAACAAGUUAAAUUCUACGUAUAAGUGUGCAUUUCAACAUGUAAUUCGUCACUCCAUAUCCGUAGUUGGUAUAUCAUGCUCUCCUACUGACAUUUUUAUAGAUUUUGAAUCAGCAAUACAUAGUGCUGUAGCGGACGUCUUCCCUAAUGCACAAAUAAGAGGUUGUCGAUUUCAUUUGGGGCAAAGUUGGUGGAGAAAAAUCCAAAGUUUAGGACUUACUAAACUAUACAAUGAUAACACAGACGAUAGUCAUUAUUUAAAAUAUUUUUUUGGAUUGCCAUUUUUGGAGCCUGAAAACGUCAUUGACUGUUUUACUGACGACUUUUUAGCAAUACAACCUGCUGAAAAUGACCGGAUUGUGAUAUUUACAGACUACAUUUUUGAAAACUAUAUUUCACCAGAUGCUAUGUUCCCCCCAAAUAUUUGGGCGCAAUUUACUGCUAGCUGCAACCGUACUACUAACAGCUGUGAAAGUUUUCAUUCAAAACUAAAUAUGUCGUUCUACACUAGCCAUCCUAACAUUUAUAACUUCGUUGAUGUGUUACUAGAAGUUCAAUCUGAAACAUACAUAAAAUUCAGAAGUAAAAGUGAAAGUACAAAGAAAAUGUGUGAAAAAGAAGCUUUCAUUAGAGAACAGAUGACAAAAUUCGAGCUAAAAGAAAUAGAUAAUUUUGAAUUAGUUAAAUCGUUGAGUUUUAAGUUUUUGCCAAAACAAUAG